AGAAUUUCAGGACAAUAAAAGAACUAGUUCAGGAGAAUACAAUGCCUGAGAUUGACAAGAAUUUAGGGACAAAAAAAGAACUAGUUCAGGAGAAUACAAUGCCUGAAAUUGACAAGAAUUUAGGGACAAAAAAAGAACUAGUUCAGGAGAAUACAAUGCCUGAAAUUGACAAGAAUUUAGGGACAGAAAAAUAACUAGUUCAGGAGAAUACAAUGCCUGAAAUUGACAAGAAUUUCGGGACAAUAAAAGAACUAGUUCAGGAGAAUACAAUGCCUGAAAUUGACAAGAAUUUAGGGACAAUAAAAGAACUAGUUCAGGAGAAUACAAUGCCUUAAAUUGACAAGAAUUUAGGGACAAAAAAAGAACUAGUUCAGUAUAAUACAAUGCCUGAAAUUGACAAGAAUUUAGGGACAAAAAAAGAACUAGUUCAGUAUAAUACAAUGCCUGAAAUUGACAAGAAUUUAGGGACAAUAAAAGAACUAGUUCAGGAGAAUACAAUGCCUUAAAUUGACAAGAAUUUAGGGACAAAAAAAGAACUAGUUCAGUAUAAUACAAUGCCUGAAAUUGACAAGAAUUUAGGGACAAAAAAAGAACUAGUUCAGUAUAAUACAAUGCCUGAAAUUGACAAGAAUUUAGGGACAAUAAAAGAACUAGUUCAGGAGAAUACAAUGCCUUAAAUUGACAAGAAUUUAGGGACAAAAAAAGAACUAGUUCAGUAUAAUACAAUGCCUGAAAUUGACAAGAAUUUAGGGACAAUAAAUGAAGUAGUUCAGUAUAAUACAAUGCCUGAAAUUGACAAGAAUUUAGGGAAAAUAAAAGAAGUAGUUCAGGAGAAUACAAAGCCUGAAAUUGACAAGAAUUUAGGGACAGAAAAAUAACUAGUUCAGGAGAAUACAAUGUCUGAAAUUGACAAGAAUUUAGGGACAGAAAAAUAACUAGUUCAGGAGAAUACAAUGCCUGAAAUUGACAAGAAUUUCGGGACAAUAAAAGAACUAGUUCAGGAGAAUACAAUGCCUGAAAUUGACAAGAAUUUCAGGACAAUAAAAGAACUAGUUCAGGAGAAUACAAUGCCUGAAAUUGACAAGAAUUUAGGGACAAAAAAAGAACUAGUUCAGGAGAAUACAAUGCCUGAAAUUGACAAGAAUUUAGGGACAAAAAAAGGACUAGUUCAGUGUAAUACAAUGCCUGAAAUUGACAAGAAUUUAGGGACAAUAAAAGAACUAGUUCAGGAGAAUACAAUGCCUGAAAUUGACAAGAAUUUAGGGACAAAAAAAGAACUAGUUCAGUGUAAUACAAUGCCUGAAAUUGACAAGAAUUUAGGGACAAUAAAAGAACUAGUUCAGGAGAAUACAAUGCCUGAAAUUGACAAUAAUUUAGGGACAAAAAAAGAACUAGUUUAGGAGAAUACAAUGCCUGAAAUUGACCAGAAGUAGGGUUGCUGCAUGUUCCAUUUGAAAAUGUAACCAGUAAGGACAUCUGAUGUCACGGUAGCUGCUAGUUCCAAGUUGAUAACAGGCCGUGGAUGACGUCACGCACACGCGAACGUCUCGGGGAACGCCUCCGUCAUGUGACAUUCGGCACAUAUUCGGCGCCUUCUUCAAAUGGUGGUCAAUCGGGGAUUGCCUGGAGAAGAACCCUGCCACAGUGCUCCACUGAAUGAAGCUAAAAAUCAGUUUGCGGAAAUAUUCAAACAGAGGCUCAGAUCCUAGUGGAUAAUAUUCCUGUGGUGGAAGGGAUGGCCUUGUUGGACCUUGGAGUGUCCCCUUACUCAGGAGAUGUCUUUCAUGAGACGCCGCUCAUUGUAUAUCUUUUCCAUUUCCUUGUAGACUAUGCAGAGAUAGUAUUCAUGAUAACGGAUGCCCUCACUGCUGUAACCCUGUACCUUGCUGUUCAGGAGUACAACAAAUUAAUGUUUAAGAAGCAAAAACUUUUAUUGGAGCUGAAAAAAUAUCCUCAGGAAGGACAUGAACUCCUAAGGGUACCAACUGAGAUGUACUAUGUACCUUUGAAGGUGUCUCUUUUCUACUUGUUGAAUCCAUACACCGUUCUGUCUUGUGUGGCCAAAUCCACGUGUGUAAUUAACAAUGCCGUGAUUGCUCUUUUCAUCCUGGCAACUGUUAAAGGUAGCCCGUUACUAAGUGCUGUGUUUCUGUCGCUGGCAACCUAUCAGUCUCUGUAUCCAGUCACCUUAUUGCCACCAGCGCUGCUCUACUUGCUUCAGAAGGAAUUUGUCCCAGUGAAGAUGAAGAGUACAGGCUUCUGGCUGUUCAGCUGUCAGUAUUGCUCUAUCUACCUGGGUUCUUUGUGUGUGCUGGUCUGUCAUUCUUUCUUCUUGCUCAACUCAUGGGAUUUUAUACCUUCUAUAUAUGGCUUUAUACUCUCUGUACCAGAUCUGACACCAAAUAUCGGCCUGUUUUGGUAUUUCUUCGCAGAGAUCUUUGAACACUUUAGUCUCUUCUUUGUGUGCAUCUUUCAGAUCAAUGUUUUCUUCUACACCCUGCCUCUUACUAUUAAUACAUUCAAGUGUUACUAAACCCUGAGUUUAUUUUAUUAAUUAUUUUUCUUCUCUU